AUGGCUGAGCCCCCGGCCUCUUCCAGCUCCGGCGGCGGCGGCGGCGUGUCCCUGCCGCUCAUUGAAUCAGAGCUCUACUUCCUCAUAGCUCGGUUCCUGACCACCGGGCCCUGUAGGAGAGCGCUGAAGGUGCUGGUGCAGGAGCUGGAGCAGCACCAGUUGCUUCCUAAAAGGUUGGAUUGGCAAGGAAAUGAGCAUUAUAGGAGUUACGAAGAAUUGGUGCUGUCCAAUAAACAUGUGGCUCCAGACCAUUUGUUACAAAUUUGCAAGCGUAUUGGCCCUAUUCUGGAUAAGGAGAUACCACCCAGCAUUUCGAGAGUGAAUUCCUUACUUGGGGCAGGGAGACAGUCAUUGUUACGUACAGCAAAAGAUUGCAGGAACACUGUUUGGAAGGGCUCUGCAUUUGCUGCACUUCAUAGAGGAAGGCCUCCUGAAAUUCCUGUGAACUAUGGCACACCACCAAAUCUUGUGGAAGUACAUCGAGCAAAACAAUUAACUGGAUAUGCAAAGUUCAGUACUUCAUUUCCAGGAAGUAUGUAUCAGCAUGUCAAGAUGCACAGACGGAUUCUUGGCCAUCUUUCUUCUGUAUAUUGUGUUGCAUUCGAUAGGACUGGACAUCGAAUAUUUACUGGCUCAGAUGACUGUUUGGUAAAGAUUUGGUCAACUCAUAAUGGCAGGUUAUUUGCCACAUUACGAGGACAUUCAGCAGAGAUUUCCGAUAUGGCUGUGAAUUAUGAAAACACUAUGAUUGCAGCUGGAAGCUGUGAUAAAAUGAUCAGAGUGUGGUGUCUCAGAACUUGUGCACCAGUUGCAGUCCUCCAUGGACACACAGGGUCCAUUACCUCAUUACAGUUUAGUCCAAUGGUGAAAGGCUCCAUGCGAUACAUGGUCUCUACUGGUGCAGAUGGAACUGUUUGCUUUUGGCAGUGGGAUACAGAUUCCAUGAAAUUCAACAAUCGGCCAGUGAAAUUCACAGAGAAACCUAGACCAGGUGUUCAGAUGCUUUGUUCUUCAUUCAGCAUAGGUGGUAUGUUUUUAGCAACUGGCAGCACUGAUCAUGUCAUCAGGAUGUAUUUUUUUGGCUCUGAAACACCUGAGAAAAUAGCUGAAUUGGAAAGUCAUGCUGACAAAGUCGACAGCAUUCAGUUUUCUAACAGUGGUGAUAGGUUCAUAAGUGGCAGUAGAGAUGGAACAGCUCGAAUCUGGCGUUUUGAGCAAGCAGAAUGGAGGAGUAUUUUGUUGGAUAUGUCCGAUCGAUUACCAGGUGACACGUGUUCAGAAGAAGACAAAUUUAUGAAGCCUAAAGUAACCAUGAUAGCGUGGAACCAAAAUGAUAACUAUGUUGUUACGGCUGUGAAUAAUCAUCUGCUCAAAGUUUGGAAUUCCUGUACAGGGCAAUUGCUUCAUGACUUGGUGGGGCAUGCGGAUGAAGUAUUUGUCUUGGAGACCCAUCCUUUUGAUUCCAGGAUAAUGCUGUCUGCAGGUCAUGAUGGCAACAUCUUUAUAUGGGACAUUACCAAAGGCACAAAAACAAAGCAUUAUUUUAACAUGAUUGAAGGCCAAGGACACGGUGCUGUUUUUGACUGUAAGUUUUCACCAGAUGGACAGCAUUUUGCAUGUACAGAUUCUCAUGGGCAUCUAUUGAUAUUUGGUUUCGGUUGCAGCAGGUCUUAUGAAAAGAUUCCUGAUCAGAUGUUCUUCCACACUGACUAUCGGCCACUUAUUCGAGACUCUAACAAUUACGUCCUAGAUGAGCAGACUCAACAGGCUCCUCAUCUCAUGCCCCCUCCCUUCUUAGUAGAUGUGGAUGGAAACCCUCAUCCAACAAAAUAUCAAAGAUUGGUGCCAGGAAGAGAGAAUUGUGCAGAUGAACAUUUGAUUCCUCAACUUGGAUAUGUAGCAACAAGUGAUGGAGAAGUGGUUGAACAAGUUAUAGGCCAACAGACAGUUGAUCAGGAUGAGCAAGGCUUGGAGCCCAGCAUUCUUGAUGGCAUGAUUAGGCAAUUACAACUACAACAAGAUCAAAGAAAUGGAACUGAUCAAGAAUCUGCUUCAGGUGGUCCACAAAAUGGGGAAGGAACACCUAGAAGAGCUUUUAGAAGACCAAGUUUCGACAUCCAGUCUCCUCCCAACAUUGGUCUACGACGUAGUGGGCAAGUUGAAGGUGUGCGUCAGAUGCAUCAGAAUGCUCCACGAAGUCAGAUGGCUACUGAGCGAGACCUUCAGGCCUGGAGACGAAGAGUUGUUGUACCAGAAAUACCACCAAGCUUACUCAGGAAGCAGGAAGAAUACCGAAUUGCAAAAGGGGAAGAAGAGAGAGAUCUUUAUGCAACAGAGAAGAAAAAGUCAUUUGAGUCAUUGGAAAAGAGUGACUCUGAGUCUUCAUUAAUACAAUCUAAGCGUAGACUGCAUAGACGGAAAUUUCCAAAUUACCGAACACGGAAUAACAUUGAACAACUGGAGUCUUCUGAUGAGGAAAGAGAUAACUGCUUUGGCUUGAUAGAGCAGGAAGCUGAAGAAAGUGAGGGCUCUGGCUCAUCUGAUGAAGAGGAAGAGUGGAGAAGUGACAAGAAAAGCAACAGUAAUAGUUCUAGUGAUUCUUCAAGUAGAUACUCUGACUGGAUCGCUGAUGCAGGGAUUAACCUGCAGCCUCCCAUACGGACUUCUCGACGGAAAGCUAUCAGAUAUUGCAGUACUUCAGAAGAUGAAGUAUCAGCAGAGAAAUCAUCUCCUCCAAAGAGAAGAAGAAGAAAAAGGAGAAAAAAGCCCAAACCAAAAAAGCAAGAGGAGGCUAAUGCUCCAACACAACCAGUAAACCUGGAAUUGUCAUAUGAUUGGCAUCCUCCCGUUUGGAUAACAGACACAGCUCUUCGAAGAUCCCCUUUUGUUCCUCAGAUGGGUGACGAGGUAAUAUAUUUUCGACAAGGACACGAAGCUUACAUUGAAGCAGUUAGAAGAAAUAACAUUUAUGAACUGAAUCCACACAAGGAGCCAUGGAGAAAAGUAGUCCUUAGGGAUCAGGAAUUGGUAAAAAUUGUUGGAAUUAGAUAUGAAGUUGGUCCUCCCACACUGUGUUGCCUGAAGCUUGCCUUUAUAGAUCAUGCCACUGGAAAACAUACAGACAAAUCAUUUUCCAUCAGAUACCAUGAUAUGCCAGAUGUUAUUGACUUCCUUAUAUUACGUCAGUUCUAUGAUGAAGCACGGCAAAGGAACUGGCAAGCUUCUGAUAGGUUCCGAUCCAUUAUUGAUGAUGCAUGGUGGUUUGGAACAGUGUUGGGUCAAGAACCGUAUCAGCCUCAAUAUCCAGAUAGUCACUUUCAGUGUUACAGUGUUAAAUGGGACAACGGUGAAAUUGAAAAACUUAGCCCGUGGGACAUGGAGCCAGUUCCUGAUAAUGUUGAUCAGCCUGAAGAAUUAGGAGCUAGUGUUUCUGUGACUUUUGAAGAGGUGGAGAAGCUACUGUACAAACCCGAAGAAGGGGAGUGGGGGAUGAGAUCUCGUGAUGAAGCAUGUGAACGGAUUAUCAGUGGUAUUGAUCAGCUUCUGACUCUUGACAUUUCAGCAGCUUUUGCUGGUCCAGUUGACCUGUGUACAUAUCCCAAGUACUGUACCGUGAUUGCUUAUCCGACAGACCUGAACACUAUUCGGACAAGACUGGCUAAUCGAUUUUACAGGAGAAUCUCUGCAUUGGUUUGGGAAGUAAGAUAUAUUGAAAGCAAUGCUAGGACCUUCAAUGAACCUGGGAGUGCUAUUGCUAGAGCUGCAAAAAAGAUCACUACCCAGCUCUUAAAGUUUAUCAAUGAUCAGGACUGUACAAACAUUUUUGAACUGUGUAGCACAACAGAUGAUGAACAAGAUUGUCUUGAUGCUGAUCUGGAUGAUGAAAAAUGUCUUCCGAGAACAUCGUAUAGAAGAAGAAAAGGACGGGGCUUAAAAAAAGGAAAAAGCAUGAAAACUGGCUAUGAUGAAAACAGUUGGAAGAAUCAGUGUAUGGAACUGGUGAACUUAAUUUUCCAGUGUGAAGAUUCUGAACCUUUCAGGCAGCCUGUUGAUUUGGAUCAAUAUCCUGAUUACAGACAUAUUAUAGACACUCCAAUGGACUUUGGUACGGUGAAAGAAACUCUGGAAGCUGGAAAUUAUGACACUCCAAUGGAACUGUGCAAAGAUAUAAGACUAAUAUUCAGUAAUGCAAAAUCUUAUACUCCAAACAAAAAGUCAAAGAUUUAUAGUAUGACCUUGAGAUUGUCAGCACUAUUUGAAGAGAAGAUAAGAAGAAUUGUUUCUGAUUUCAAAAAUGGUCAGAAACAGAAUGAAAAACUACGAAGAAACCAGAGGUAUACUAGAAGAUUUCAUAAUCAAAGCUCAGUGCAGCAUCCUACCAAAAUGCUCAGAAAUUUGAAGCAGAAACCAUUAAAGUCUCAGGCAAAAAUUGAAUCUGAGCAGGAAGAUUCUUUUUCUCAACCUACCUCAAGUAGAGCCGCCUGUGUUUCAAGCCAUAAAAUGAAUGCUAGCAGUUACAACCGUAGUUCCUCUGGUGAAUCUUCUGAUUCUGCAUGCCUGGCAUCCUUUGAAAGGAAUGGAAAAGCUAGAUCCACAACACUAACAAAUUGUUCUGCAUUAUCAUCAGAAAGUGAAAUAGAAGGUUCUUUGGUUUCUUCAUCUACUUCCUCUUCAUCUUCAUCCUCUACAAGUAGCUCAGAAGACAGCAAAGAAAGCUCUGUGGCUCUCGUGUCACCUCCACUACACAAUGGUGUAUGUAGAAGAAAGAACGGCAAUCGCAGGAUAACUAGAAAUCGAGCUGCUCAGAGAAAACAAAUAGGAACACUUCUUCAGGAGAAUGGGAAUACAAGAAAAACUGUCAGGAAAAAGUUAUAUGGAAGUGACUCUGAAAAUACUUUGGUGACAUCUGAGUCACUCAGUAAUAGUACUGGUAGACAUAGAAAAACUCCACGCAGAAGUGCUGCUGUGGCUGCUAAUAAGUUAAGGCUAAUGAGUGAUGUGGAGGAAGAGGUUUCAAGCUCAGAAAGUAUUGGCAUUGGAUGCAAGAAUAGAAAACUGCCUCACCGAAAUGCCUCAGCUGCAGCAAGGCGAAUGUUACUGGAAGGGUCUGAGGAUGAUGUAGGCUUAAAGUCUGAAAGUGAAAAAGAAAUAGAAGAGCAGCUGACGAAGAGGAAGAUUCUUUCUCAGCCUGGUUCAUCUGCUGCACGAAGGAAAUUUGUUAGUGAAUCUGAAAAUGGAACUUCGGAUUCUGAGACAGACACACAGGUGAAGCAGAAAAACUGGCAAAGCAAUGGUCAUAAACAGUUACGUGGGACAGUCCAUUCUGUAUCUCCCAAAAUGAAAAGUCCCCCCCUAGACUUUUCAGAGGAGGACUCCAAAAGCCAUAAUUCAGAGGAUGGGAGCAGUCAAAAAGUUUCUGACCAGUCAACAUCUGCACAUAAUAAGCCUGCAGUGAGCAACUCUGAGGAUGAAGUGGAUUCCGAAUCAGAUAGAUGGAAUGGCAGAAAAGCAACUGGUCUGCAGCUUGCUGCUCCUUUAAAAAAAGCAAAAGUCUUGAGUGAUUUAGAGGACACAGCAGAAUCUGAAACAGAAGACAGAGAGGAUGGGAAAAGUUUUGUCUCAGAGAGCUUGGUGCCAACUAGAAUUGCAGAGAGUUCAAAAUCUGGACCUGGUGCCAGCUUCAAUCACUCUUCUGAUACAGAAUCUCAGACAGAUUCCAAUAACAGUAAUUAUUGUGAAACUUCUUCAAAAACAAAGAAGAGGAAGAGAAAAGGAAAAACAAAAAUCAUUAGAAAAGAAUCAACAUCUGAGGAGACAGGACAAAGUGCAAAAGUGCUCAGGAGCAGGACAUGUAUCAUUAACUACAAGAAACACAUAAAGCUGUCUAAUGUGGCUGAGAAGAAAAAUCCACGCAGAUGUGCCACUUUGGCAGCUAAUAAGAUUAAGAUAAUGAGCGAUACAAAGGAAGAAUUAUCAAGCUCAGAAAGUGUUUACACAGUAAAAAAAAACAGAAGGCAGCUUCAUGGCAGUGUGUCUGCAGCAUCCAGGAAGAAACUGAUCGGCAACUCGGAGAUGGAUGCUUGCGUAAAGUCUGAAAAUGAGAAAGAACAGCUUUCUGGUAGAAGAAAACUUUCCUGCCCUGAAUCAUCUGCUCCUAAAAGAAAAUACAUUAGUGAGUCUGAGAAUGAAAAAACAGAAUCUGAGGCAGAGAUUAAAGUGACUCAAAAGCAGAAUAAUGAUAACCACAAGCAGGCACACAAAACAGUCUGUGCUGCAGCUCUUAAUCUUGAAUAUGACUCUUCAGAGGAGAAUUCCAUAAACCACAAGAUGGAAAAUGGGAGAAACUGGGGAAGUUCUAGUCAGUCAACUUCAGCCCACAACCAUCGUAUGAGCAACUCUGAAGAGGAGGUAGAUUCUGACUUAGCUAAACAUGAAACUAAAAAUAUCAGAGAAGUAUCAAAUAAAAAAUCUAGAGCUUCUUUCAAAAGAUCAAAAUUAUUGGAUGACUUCAAAGAAACAGCAGAAUCUGAAACGGGGGGGAUAAAAGAUGAAAAAAGCUCAGUAUCGGAGAAUGUGGAGGCACCUGGGACUGCAGGAAGUUCAAAAGCCAAUUUCAAUUGUUCUUCUGAUUCAGACUCUGGAACUGAUAACAGUAUCUGUAGUGAUGCCACAGAAACAAGAAAGAGGAAAAGGAAAUCGGAAACCAUUAGAAAAGAAGUUACCAAUUCCAACUCACCUAAGCCUUCCAGAAGACCCCAGCGAAGGAAACGUUGGAAACCUAACCAAGAAAAUGACUCUGAAGAUUUGGAUUACACCAAAUAUAGGAGAGCUAAUCGGCGUUCUAAGAUAAGAACUCGGAAUGGCGGUAGACGGACUGUGAGAUAUGACGAUUGUGACGACGACGAUGACCGAGGUUUAGAUGAUGUAGAUUGCGAAACGUAACCUUAAAAGGAAAAGCCAGCCCACUUUUUUUUUUAUGGUAAUAGCACUAGAACUCAUGAUGGAUGCUGGCUCUUCUUUGUCCUACAUUUCAGGGAAUAUAUUUAUAUUUUUCUAUGAAAAAGUUAUGAAUGUGAUUAGAUGAUGACUUUCUCCUUUUCAUAUUUUGACUUGCACUUGCCUGCCCAUGUAGCAGCAUUUAGCACAGAUGCCAAAAUGUGCCUCAUUAUAGGGGCAAUUUUUUGUCUUUACUGGUAUUUUAUUACAUAUAACAAGAGUUAAAAAUGUUAAAACACUGCGCAACAGGUUAAUAGCAGUAUGUUGAGUAUUAUUGUUAUGGGUGCUGCAAUGGAAUACUACCUAGGUCAUACAACAUUCAAGAACAGAUUUCAAACAUCUCUAAUGCUGUAUGAAAUCAUAUACAUUAGUAACAGGCUUAUAAAUAAUACUAUACACUAUAAAAUCUGGCAGAUGCUAGCAUUGCAUCAAAAGAGUAAUGAACGGUCACUAGGCUAAAAACUUUACAACUUGUAUUAGUACAGAUGUUAACUGUUCUGUACUUCCAUUAUUGAUAACAUGCAACUAGAACCAGUUACCAGUGAAAAAGUGUAUUUGCCAAUUAACAAGGCAUAUUGGUGCUGGUGAAGAGAGGGUUUAUGCUGACAGGUAGUACUAUCAUCAUUAAUGUGACUUCUAUACUGUAAACUUAAGAAUAUGAAAUGCAGGUGAACUCUUGGGCCUAAGGGGUUUUGUGUGUUUUCUUUAUAAAAUAGAAAAACAAACAAAACACUUGUUCUGUUUUCUUUAUGCGUUAAAAGCUUGAGGUGCAGGAUUCUUACAUUCCAGACCUUUUUGCUACAUUUCUGUUGUUCUUCCAUAUUUAAACUUUUAA